AGGUGCAGGUUAACCACCACAACCAAUUAAUAUGUAAAUAAAGUGCUCAAUAUGUAUAUAUUUAAACAUUUCUGUCUUAAAAUGCGUUAAAAUAACAUUUAUUGGGGUUUCUUCAAAGGUAGCAUGUUUUUUACAGUAACUGGGUGAUGAUGUCAUAAGAGGGAGAAGCAACCCAUAGCAGGUACACAGACAGACCAACAACGGGACAAUUUUAUCCAUUUUCGCCAUCUUAUUCAUCACUAAAUUCUCUUCUGACAACGUUUUAGGCGAGAAAUUAACUGUUUAGAUUUCUAAUAUAUGCAGUCUUGCGCAAAUCGUUGCUGAAUUGACAAUUUGCUUCAAAGUUUUCGGAGUUGAGACGCUCCAUGAAGUAACGCGACAACCAGCAGCGCCUGCCCCGGCCGCUGGCUCGUCGCUCGGACAGUCUCGCUCGGACACACCGCUGUAAACCGGAGGUCUCUCAGACCGCUCACGUAAAUAAGAGGCUUUUAUUAUGGAUUAAACGGGGACAAACCCUACGAGUUGCCUCUUGUAAAGUCUGCAAAAAAGAUGUGCAGCUUUUCACAAUGGGCGAGUCUGCGCUCUCGAGUCACAUGAGCAGCACCCAGGACACCCAGUGACACCACCUCGCGUUUCCAUGGAGACGGGGUUCGCUACAAAGCCAAGCUGAUCGGCGUUGACCCGGUACCCGACGCCCAGGGAGAAAAGAUGUGCUGGGACUCUAUGAUGAAGCUGAAGGGCUUUGAGGCAGCAGCAAGGAAACAAGGGAAACACAAGCAGAGAGUUUGGUUGAAAGUUUCCUCCAGUGGCCUGAGAAUCGUGGAUGAAAGGACCGGGGCUGUACUUUAUGACCAUGACAGGAGCAAGAUCAGCUCUUUGACGAAAGAUAAGUCUGACCCCAGAGCUCUGGCCUACGUCUCCCAGCACCAAGACACCUACUGCCUGUUCUACAUUAAGAUGGCCAACCUGGUGACAGCACACAGUACUACAUGUCAUGCAGAUCCGGUGCUGGUUGACAUUGAGGAGGUUUGUCAGAAUGUGGACCCGGAGACGCCACAAGAAGCUGCCGAAGCCCCGACACAAAACAAUUCCUUACUGCUACUAAGUGACAGUUCAGCCCCUCCAGCUGAGGAACCAGCUUUUGAGGAUGUUUUCAGUCCACGGCCGGAUUCUUCAUCAGGACAAUCAAACCAGGCCUCUUUUAGUAAUGAGUUGAUGGAAGUCUUCUCCAUCCAGAAGGAGGAGCCACUGAUGGCCAACCAGAGCUCAUGCACCGGUCAGCCAGAGCCUCCACAGCCAACACUCGGCACCUCUCAGAUCCUCUCCCUGUUCCCCACACAGCCAGUAGGGGGCUCUCCAUACUCCUCUCCCCCAUACUCUCCCACCAGCACCAUGCCCUGGGGCCAGCAGGGGCUCCUGGGAAAUCAGUGGGCAGGUCCAGCUGCGGCACCCUGGCCCACAAUGCCCAGUAGUAUGGCAUCAUGGGCAACAACAGGCAUGGCAGCGCCCCCUACAGGCGGACAGAUUCUGGCUCAGGGGCCUCAGCCAGGAGUCAUGGGGGGAGGAAACACACUUGCUUCACCCACUGCUGUCACCCCUUUAAACUCCUUCUACGCCCCUGCUGGAGCAACAGGGCCACUGCAGUCAGUGUCUCCCUCCUUAGACCAGAAUCCCUACCUGUGAUGAACUGGUUAAAAUGGGAAAAGUGUUAUUAAAUUGAAAAUUGCUGCUUAUUGAGAACCAUGUUAAUUUAAUUUCAAUUUAAUUUCCUUUUUUUAUUUGGACAUAUAAUCAAAUAUUUGUGUUGCUAUUCAAGUAAACUGGAAGAUUUAAACAAUCAAACAUGUGAGUCAGAGUUACGGUUUAACAAUUACUGUCUGUUUUAAACUGGACAAACAGUUUCACUGCUCUUGUCUCAUAAAAAUAAUAAAUAGUUGAAAUCGUAAAGUAUUAUUAAUAUAUAUCAAUACUAAUCACGUUAAUUUCACCUGCUCAUACUCAGUGUGUUCUGUUUUAUGAGUUUUACCUGAUACUUCAAACUCAUUUAUUUUCUUUAUUUGGUUUCUACAUGUUACUUUGCUUUUUCUGUAUCAAAUAAACGGAAAUUUUCAAAAGUUUUCUUCAGGUUUGCUCAUAUACUGGACAUGCAGAAUAAAAUACAGAGCAUACAAGGUAGCUCAUUAAACUUUG